AUGUACAUUUAUCAUGCUCUGAAUAUCCUGACACUUUCCCCCAAGGAAAAGUGUAACAAUAAGGGGACUGCACCGGUCCCAGCAGCAGAAUUGACCCCUGCUCUCUCAGGCACUGUGAAGCUCAUUCGCUCAGGCACUGUGACGCUCAUUCCACAGUUGUCCCUUAUUUUUAUAAGGAGCCAGUCCCUCCACAAUCAGCAACCCUUACCCACUCCACCCUUGAUUAUUCAGAGUCAACGGUUUGAAGUAGCCAGACUAUCUUCCUCGAUACGCUUCCCUGUACUGUCCGCUACAUCGCAACCUCAAACUACUCCGGCAGUGAAAACGUACUCCGAAGCCGUAUCGGCGUCCGAAGGAACUCGCUCCGAGCCUAGCAAACCUGUUAAAGCGGCCCCUAGAAAACCGAAAAAACAGUACACUAGUCCUGAGGUUGUACCUACCAAGUGGGACCAUGAAUCGGACUCUUCAGCGAAAAAGGACAAACCUCAUUCUCCAUCCGCUCCGGUAACCGAAUCAGCUAAAACGGUAGCUAAGAAAACCGCGAACCCCGCGAAAGCUGAGAAGAGCAAAGCGAAAAAGAGCCCUCAGCCUGACAACUCUCCAAGCGAAGAAACCAAUAAGAAGAAGACCAAUAAGUCAAACGAUCCGUUGCCCAACGUCGAUCCCUUCAAAAGCAAAGAAAAAGUCUCUAAGCUCAUUGAUAAGGACUCAAUCAGCCACCUUACCUUUAAGAAGGUCAAUCAACAUCCUCAAAACGACAUAGGCACUGCUUCUGUUAGCAAACCGAUCACAACGACCACUAGCGAUCAAUCUAGUCAGAUCGUCAAGCCCCCUCCCUCUGUUAACUCAGUAUCCAAAGCGGCCAAGACCCUGCUGAACGGUCCCAAGACCUUUAAAGAACCGGUCAAUCGAUCGACACAGAAGAAUCUAGAUAACUAUUUUGUUCCGCAAGGCCGUACAGUCCGAUCGGUAUCUUCUCGAUCCUCUGAUCACCCGUGUGAUUCCACUACUUCUGACUCAGUCACACCGAGCAACGGUAGUGAUCUUGACAUCAUAACAGGAGCCACCACCCAGCUUUGGUCGAGGCCAAAGACCUUACCGGCGCCCCUAGAGGAAGAUAUUCUUCUAAAGUAUCCUCCGGCUCAUCAUCCACUGCUUCAAGCGGUGAAACUCAACCGAGAGUACUACCGCAAAGCAGAGAGGACAAAGGACGAGUCGAUGAAAGUUGUAGCCCUCAGAGCAGCUGCAGGACUCCAGAAAGACCUAUCGGUCUCGAUCAAUCUGGAAGAAUUCAAGAAUCUUUUUCAAUGGGAUCCGAUGUCGGAAUUCGACGGAUACCUGAACACACAGAAGGGUCGUCGAUUCCUGAGGGAAAGAGGGACGGAGGUGACGCCGACUCCCCCUCCCGAAGUCCUGAUGCAACCACCGGAGGCAGAGCGAUCUCAUGCCCAACCUCAAGAUCAACCGACGGAACACCAGCCUCAGACUCAGAUGUAUUAUCAUCCGAACGGCUACUACUAUCCGUACCAGCCGAUGAAUCAGCCUCCUCAGAAUCAGUGUUGGCCCCAACAGGGGUACAACCAAGAUUACUCGACUUACCAACAAGGCUACUACCCUCCUCAACAAUGGGUAAACAACCAGACGGCCCAAGCGGAACCACCGAUCCCUCCUCCACAGACAAGAAAAAAGGAAAGCGAUCAGGCUCCGAAAAGCAAUCGCAGUCGUCCAAACAACAGGAAGGCGAAGGGACCAAACUGGAUUCCUCCUCCGACUCUAAAGCGAGCCCCCCGAGACUCUUGGGAGGCAAAUGCGAGGGAGAGACGUCGAAGGUCCCACCAACUCUCAAUCCACCAAGAGAUGAUAAGGCUCAACCGCACGACUCAGGCUCAAUUUCAAGCGCUCAAGGCCAUGAGAAAUCAGAACGCAGGGGGCGAGAAUCGUCGUCAAUCCCGAGAGGGCGCACAGACUCCAAAAAAUUGA